UGCCCCAUCAUUGGUGUCAGUGGGGGGAGGAAUAGUGCCCCAUCGUUGGUGUCAGUGGGGGGAGGAAUAGUGCCCCAUCGUUGGUGUCAGUGGGGGGAGGAAUAGUGCCCCAUCGUUGGUGUACAGACCGGGG